AUCGUAUAAUUAGCAAUAGGAUACGACUUCAAAGGAUAGAAUGGGUAAUAAUUGCUUGAAAAUUAACAGUUCUGAUGAUAUUUCACUUUUGCGAGGCAGUGAAAGUGUACACGGGCAGAACAGCGGUCCUUUGCCAUUGUUUCAGAAUGAGCAGUAUCAACAAAUCUUUUAUCCAACGCCCUCCACUUCCAUUGGCCAUGCCCCAAUAGCGUCGGGCCAUUCACAACUUUCCGAGGAGGACGAAGUUAAAAUAGCAAAACGAAUUGGUUUAAUGCAACAUUUGCCAAUAGGAAGAUAUGAUGGGAGCUCGAAAAAAUCACGAGAAUGUGUUAUUUGUAUGGCUGAAUUUUGUGUUGAUGAAGCUGUUCGGUAUCUUCCAUGCAUGCAUAUAUAUCAUGUGAAUUGCAUAGACGACUGGUUAAUGAGAAGUCUCACUUGUCCCAGUUGCUUAGAGCCUGUCGACGCUGCUUUGUUAACGAGUUAUGAAACAACAUAGCUCAACUGUAAUAUGCCACUGUCUGUUAGUCAAUGCAGUAGGCAUUAUAAAA